AUGAAGGAUGUUGUUGGUCAGGUGUUGGAAGACCGCAGGGCUGUUGCACAGGCCAAGUGGCUUCACCAGGUACCCCCAGUGCCUGUUAGUGGUAAUGAUGGCCAUGUCGUAGGAAAAGACCUCGGCUGGACCAAUGAACAUGAUACUGGUCUGGUAUCAGAUUGGCAGAACGAUGCAGACCAGGUGCCGUCAGGGCCGUCCUUUGUGGUCGUAGUUGCCAUUGACUUCGGCACCACAUCCAGCGGUUAUGCUUAUGCCUUUGCUAAGGAACCAGAGUGCAUUCACACCAUGAGGCGUUGGGAGGGCGGGGACCCAGGUGUAUCCAAUCAGAAGACACCGACCACCAUCCUCCUCACUCCAGACAGGAAGUUCCACAGUUUUGGUUAUGCGGCUCGUGACUUCUAUCACGACCUGGACCCCAGCGAAUCCAAACACUGGCUUUACCUGGAAAAAUUCAAAAUGAAGCUCCACACCACUGCAAACCUGUCCAUCAACACUGACCUCCAUGCAGCUAAUGGGAAGCGUGUCAAAGCUCUGGACAUCUUUGCCUAUGCUUUGGCUUUCUUUAAGGAACAAGCACUGAAGGAGCUGAGUGAUCAGACAGGCGGCGAGUUCGACAACAGUGAUGUCAGAUGGGUGAUCACAGUUCCUGCCAUCUGGAAAAUGCCUGCAAAGCAGUUCAUGAGGGAAGCUGCUUACAAGUCUGGUCUGGUGUCCCGGGAAAACCCUGAGCAGCUGAUCAUCUCCUUAGAACCUGAAGCUGCAUCAAUCUAUUGCCGUAAGCUCCGCCUCCACCAGAUGGUGGACCUGGGCACCCAGACCACCCAGAAUGGCUUCAGCCCCUCUGACAAUGUGGGCAGUGGGAUGAGCCAAGCUAAGGAGCAUGUACGGCGCAACCGGCAGAGUCGCACGUUUUUGGUGGAAAAUGUCAUAGGGGAGCUUUGGUCGGAGCUGGAAGAAGGUGACCGAUAUGUGGUGGUGGACUGUGGUGGAGGAACAGUUGACCUGACUGUCCAUCAGAUCCGUCUUCCAGAAGGACAUCUGAAAGAGCUCUACAAGGCUUCGGGUGGCCCCUAUGGCUCCAUUGGGAUUGACUAUGAAUUUGAGAAGCUGCUGUGUAAGAUCUUUGGCCAAGAUUUCAUUGACCAAUUUAAGAUAAAGAGGCCAGCUGCGUGGGUGGAUCUGAUGAUUGCAUUUGAGUCUCGAAAGAGAGCUGCAGCCCCUGACAGAACCAACCCUCUCAAUAUUAACCUGCCCUUCUCCUUCAUCGACUACUACAAGAAGUUCAGGGGCCACAGUGUGGAGCAUGCUCUGCGCAAAAGCAAUGUGGACUUUGUUAAGUGGUCAUCUCAGGGGAUGCUGCGGAUGAAUCCAGAUGCUAUGAACUCCCUCUUUAAGCCCACCAUAGACCACAUCAUCCAACAUCUCACUGAGCUCUUCGAGAAGCCAGAAGUCAGUGACAUCAAGUUCCUGUUUUUAGUGGGCGGCUUUGCCGAGUCUCCCUUGCUGCAGCAAGCUGUCCAGAACAUGCUUCAGGGCCGCAGCCGCAUCAUCAUUCCCCACGACGUUGGCCUGACCAUCCUGAAAGGCGCUGUCCUGUUUGGCCUGGACCCCAGUGUGAUCAAAGUCCGCCGCUCGCCACUCACGUACGGGGUUGGUGUCCUCAAUCGUUUUGUGGAGGGGAAGCACCCACCGGAGAAGCUGCUAGUUAAAGAUGGAACGCGCUGGUGCACGGACGUCUUCGACACCUUCAUAGCCGCGGACCAGUCUGUGGCGCUUGGCGAGAUGGUCAAGCGGAGCUACACGCCGGCGAAACCUUCCCAGCAGGUUAUCGUCAUCCAUGUUUACUGCUCUGAGAAGGAGAACGUGAGCUUCAUCAGCGAGCCCGGCGUCAGGAAGUGUGGGACACUGCGCUUAGACGUGAGCGGAACAGAAAGCACAGCGGCACGCCGAGAGAUCCAGACGCUCAUGCAGUUCGGCGACACGGAGAUCCGAGCCAUGGCGGUGGACGUGUCGACCGGACGCACUGUCAAAGCUAGUAUUGAUUUCCUCAGCCAUUAAGUAUCAAAAGAGAAGUCCAGUCGGAGCUGUGGAGACGCUAACAGCUUACACUUAGACACAAACACACACCUGUGUGUGCUGGGAAGGUUCAGUCGUUUCAGCACUAAAGUGAUGAUGUGUGCAAACUUAAACAUUCAGCUUUAGCGUAUCAUCGAGGUAAGAAGAGAGGCACUAAUGAGAGCUUAGUCUGUUUUAGGUUCGUCACUUCACCACAUCUGUCGAGUUUCGUGGGUAAGCAGCUUUCUAGUGGUCAUCCCCUCCAAGGAAACCCCCGAACCCAGCGAUGAUAACAGCUCCUGACAGAAGCUUCUUCAUACUUUAAUCUAUGUUAUGCAGAUCUACUGCCUCUGGCACAGAGAGGAGCACACACGGUCAAUUCAUCUUUGUUGUUCUGUUCUGAGACGAUGAAAAGGUCAGGAUACAUCCUCAGAAGAGCUCCACAAAAAUAUCUUAAUGUUCUUCUAUAUAAACUCGUGUCAUGUUAGUUCUGCAAUAUUCAGCCCUUUGAAUGGUUCCCUCGAGGGCCAAACACAGUUUUCCUUAUAUAUGGCCAGUCUGCCCACUGGACGACAAGCAUCUUCCAUUUGUGAGAUUGCUAGCUUAAAAAUAACUAGCAUUACUAUGUAAAAUGUUCAGCUGUGGAGGAUUGAUGCCAAGUGUUAACGCUGUGACAUCUUUGGGUAGCUGCUACGAGUGAAACAACGCUGACUCGCUGACAUUUACCAAAACUAAAGUUACAGAUAUUCACUAUAUCAUUCUUAACACGCAAAAAUAUUAAUUUGAGUCAUUUGCUCAUUUCCCAUUAAUGGGAGAUGUGAGAGUAGUUCAUGUUUUUAGAUUGAAUUUAGCUUCCAGCAUGGGCCGACUCUCACUGUCAGGUUCAUUAUUACAAUCUAUGAACAACAUCCUGCAUAGACGUUUAAUACUUACAUACAUAAGAGAUCAUAUUUGUGCUUCGCCUGUAGCAACGUACUUUCUGUUUACAGCCUCGUGUAGGGUUUGGUGCACUCAUGGUAGUCACUGUACAUCUGCAGAAAUAUGGGUUUUUACUCAACCGAGGUUGCUGAUUUUUUCAUCUUUUAUUAGCCUUCGUCCACCGCUGGAGUGGAAAGCUUCUUCUACCAGGAAAAACAUGCUGCCCUCUUCAUGCUCUGGUUUCAUGAUCAAGCCUUUAGACCCAGUACUGCACAGACGAAGGUAAAGGCUGAAGGUGUGGUGCUUCUAUUGCAACUACAUUUAUAGUAGUAUAUUUAUAAAGUAUAUAGCCACUUUAACCAUUAGGCUGAAUCAUGCAAAAGCACCAGCUUGGCCCUUUGAUGUAAUCCAGUCUUGUAUCUGAUUCCAGUAAUGUGAAAUGUGCUGCAAGCUCAAUCCUAAAGAGAGAACAACCACCAAUCUGCUUAACCGUGGCCUUUAUUAGUUUUUGCUUCUGAUUAUCAGCUGUGGAGAGAAUGACCCCGCCCACUCGACCUCUUUGCUUGCACGUAUCAGGUGCAACAGGCCAGUUGAGGCAAACAACAGUGUAUUUAUUUCUGUAAAUACAGUAUUUAAAUAUUGUACAGAUUUUUAGCAUCGUACGAGCAAUUUCAAAGCCAAGAGUGCAUAUGUCUGUUUUUGUGUACGUGCACAUGAAGGAGAGAAGAAAGCUCGUUCUGUCACAUGGACAUCCUCAACAUUUCUUUCUCACCAGAGCGUGAGAGUUAGAGGCUUUUUGUGUUUCUUCAAAGACCGGAUGCGUCACCUUACUGUCACUUUGCAAUCACACAAAAAACUUGAAUACCUUUGUCCUUAAAGAUAUUUCAGCCCGUAGGGUUACAUGGUUCCACGAUCUGAACGUGCACGGCCCAGUUGGACCGCACACAUUCAGAUUCUCUUCAUUAAAGUGUGAGGCACAGUCACCAAUAAUCAUACAGGUAAAAUCUCCAAAAAAGUCUCAAUCAUGAUAGUGCCUAGCAUGAAUAAACGUGAUGUUCACAUCCUGUCACCACCAAGAACAUACAGUGCUUACUUUCACCUGCAGCUCGGUUCAUAAAGACAUCGUUUGUCCCUCAGUGGAGGAAGAUCCGUAUUUGAAUGAGCAGAAUUGGAAUGUGCAAAACCUGAUUUCAUAGCUUAGCCUGUUUUUGACUUAAGAUUAAUUUGUUGAAACGUCAGAUUCAGACUUUAACUGUUGGCCUUUCUAGUCUCAAUGUUGCACAGAUGUAGGAGGCAGUCUGCCCUUUAACAGUCGUUGCAUUAGCGCCACAUUAUUGUUUAAAUUUCAUGCUUUGGAAAGUUACAAAUACAUGCUUUAAGAAACAGUGCAAGUACUUUGAUGUAAACUCAGUAUACAUCAGCACCCCCAGGUGCUGUCAUUAGAGUGGCACCUGUGGAGCACACUGACAGAGUCAGCAGGAGAUUUAGGAGGAGAAACACUCAAACAAACUCCCUUUGGGUUGUUGGAUUAUAUAAUCACACUUUUUGAAUUUUUUGGUCCAGAUAUGCAGCAGUUAUGAGUUGUGUCUGAAUUAUUACGGAUUUCCUUUGAUCCUUUGUUUGAACUGUGAAUUAAAGCUGGUCUCGCCUUUCAGUGUAAGUGUACAAAGCUGCACAAGCUCCAGUGCCCUCUGCUGUCUUCAGCACUCUUUCUGCACGUUUUGCAUGUGUCACAUAGGAAUGGCUGCUAUUACUAAUACACAAAACCACGCUUAACUACUGAUGUUUACUCUGGUAGUGUCCUCUUUUUGAGCUCUGGUGUUUGAGCUCAAACGAUGGCAGCUCGUAACAAACACUGAUAAUGAACUAAUAACCUUUUAUUUUACACGUCUCUGCGUUCACGAAGCAUAAAUGUAAGACUCUAAUAGCACCGUGGUUUUCUUGUUUAACAUUAGAUGAUUGCUAUGUGUUUUGUACACCUUUGAGUGUUAUGUUAUGCACAGGGUACUGUUAUGUAGCAGCUUUUUACCUAAAGCUAUAACAAGAUUAGCAGAAGACAUAUUUAGCUGACUUUAGCUGACUUUAUUCUUGGCGUGUGAAGCAUCAUUUUUGGUCAAUGAGUCAAUGAUUUCAGGUUAUUUGGAUGUGAUUUGAGUAGCACUCUAGUCAGCUUGCGUUGUCUUUAAGCAUCUCCUUAAGACUCUCUAGAAAAUCCAAGAAUUCAGAAGAUUUCUCAGCUAAAAUCACAGAGCUUGUUGUAAGGAUCACCUCAGCCACUCUGGAACGCAAAAACUAAGCAAACGUUAUUGUUUAAGCAAAGACAUUUUUAUGUUUAUUAUUUUUCAUGCAGUACUAUGUGUAUUUUACCAAUGCCAGAUAUUCACUGUCACUAAUAAAAUGUUUAUUUCAAA